GGUUUGUGGAUGCCCUAAUAUGCACACUACCAAAUUCAAAUGCGCCGCCCAACCCAAACUGGUCAUGGACGGAUCCCAAAAUUCAUUUCAAAAUUCAAACAGCUUCCAGGAUUCCGUUUGCCGCUCUUUUGUCACCUCAAAAUUUCACCUCGGACUCGGGCACAUUCUAGGCAUCCCGUCCCCGCGUCGCACGGUCGCGCCCUGCAAAACCCUAGACAGCUCCCCUCUUCUCCGAUCCUUCUGCGCUCGCCCGCGCAGUUCUCCACCUCUCAACUUUCCGAUAUGACCACGGCGUCGGCGGAGAAGCGCACGCGGCGGAUGCAGCGGGCCGCCGAGGUCGACGGCGGCAGCGCGACGCCUCCCACCACCAUCAGAGGAAAGAAGCGGGCGACUGAUACUGACAGUGGUUGGGCGACGGGUUUAGAAGUAAGUAAGAAGAGCGCGGCAGAGGCAUCGGCAGUCGGAGUGGUGAAUGGGAUAUCUCCCGCGCCUCCCAACACCAGAGGAAAGAAGCGCGCGACUGAGACUGCUUCGGCGGUCGGAGUGGUGAAUGGGGUAUCUCCGGCGCCUCCCAACACCAGAGGAAAGAAUCGCGCGACUGAGACUGCAUCGGCGGUCGCAGUGGUGAAUGGGGUAUCCCCGGCGUCUCCCAACACCAGAGGAAAGAAUCGCGCGACUGAGACUGCAUCGGCGGUCGGAGUGGUGAAUGGGGUAUCUCCGGCGCCUCCCAACACCAGAGGAAAGAAUCGCGCGACUGAGACUGCAUCGGCGGUCGGAGUGGUGAAUGGGGUAUCCCCAGCGCCUCCCAACACCGGAGGAAAGAAUCGCGCGACUGAGACUGCAUCGGCGGUCGGAGUGGUGAAUGGGGUAUCCCCAGCGCCUCCCAACACCAGAGGAAAGAAUCGAGCAACUGAGACUGCAUCGGCUGUCGGAGUGGUGAAUGGCGUAUCCCCGGCGCCUCCCAACACCAGAGGAAAGAAGCGCGCGACUGAGACUGACAGUGGUAGGGCGACGGGUUUAGGAGUAAGUAAGAAGAGCGCGGCAGAGGCAUCGGCGGUCGGAGUGGUGAAUGGGGUAUCCCCAGCGCCUCCCAACACCAGAGGAAAGAAGCGUGCGACUGAGGCUGCAUCGGCGGUCGGAGUGGUGAAUGGCGUAUCCCCGGCGCCUCCCAACACCAGAGGAAAGAAGCGCGCGACUGAGACUGACAGUGGUAGGGCGAUGGGUUUGGAAGUAAGCAAGAAGAGCGCGACAGAGGCAUCGGCGGCCGGAGGGGUGAAUGGGGUAUCCCCGGCGUCUCCCAAUACCAGAGGAAAGAAGCGCGCGACGAAUACGAACGGCCCUGCCAAGGAUGCAGCUGGAGUUAAGAAACGAACGAAGGAGACAUCUUUGGUGGUCGAAGGGUCAAAUGGCGUAGCGCUGGCGGCUCUGGUACCUGAUCAAUCAGUCAAGGACGAGGAUCUUGACAAUGAUGGAUAUUAUGUCGGUAGCGAUCUAGGAUCUCAGCAAUCUGGAAAACACGAAAUGGAAGAAAAAGGACAAAAUGAAGUGAUGAGCAUCAAGAUAUCGCCAAAGAAGAAGGUGGGACAUAGCAAAAAGUCCAAGGAAGGUGCAGUUCUUGGUUGUCACUUUGUUGGUGAUCCUAUUCCAGAGGCCGAAGCUAAAAAACGUUGGCCAGAAAGAUACCAGAGGAAAAUUUAUGCUUCUGGAAGUGCUAAAAGGGUGGAUGGUGAAUCAGUAUUGCUAGCGAGGCAGCAUUAUUCACAGGCCAUAGUGGAUGGAGUUAAUUACAAUCUUUAUGACGAUGCCUACGUUGAAGCAGGUGAAGGAGAGGCUGAUUAUAUUGGGCGUAUAGUUGAGUUUUUUGAAGCGAUUGAUAAGCAACAAUAUUUCACAGCUCAGUGGUUCUUUAGAGCAGAAGACACUGUUAUAAAAGAGCAUGCUCAUUCCCAUGGUUCAAAAGUGAUGCAUGAUUCAAGGAGAGUUUUCUUGUCUGAAGAGAAAAAUGACAAUGUCUUGGAGUGCAUUGUCUCCAAACUACAAAUUCAACGAGUGACUCCAAAUAUUGAUUUGCAAGCCAAGGUGAAAAGCAUCCCUCCUUGUGAUCUUUAUUAUGACAUGUCAUAUUCUUUGGCAUAUUCUACAUUUACUAAUUUGCCUGAAAGUAUAAGGAUUGACAAUGAUUCUUCAUCCACUAUUUCUUCAGAAGAUGCUCCUAAUUCUUCAAAUAAAAAAGCAUUAUCAGAUUCUGAAGCUACAUCUUCUGAUCAAAAGAAUGUGAUCACUUUGCUUGAUCUCUAUUCAGGUUGUGGAGCUAUGUCCACUGGUUUAUGCUUGGGUGCCAAUUUGUCUGGCAUAAAUCUCCAAACAUGUUGGGCAGUUGAUUUAAAUGAAUAUGCAUGUCAGAGUUUAAAGUUGAAUCACCCAGAGACUGAGGUGAGAAAUGAAAAGGCUGAUGAUUUUCUAGCUCUUUUGAUUGAAUGGGAGAAACUAUGUACAAAUUAUUGUGUACUCAGAAAUCAAAGUUUGAAUGAAGAAGAAAGUGAUUCAAAUGAUUCGGAUGAUGAGUUUGAAGAUUCUAAUCCUCCAAAUGGUGAAGAAUUUGAGGUUGAAAAAUUAGUUGGUAUUUGCUAUGGUGAUCCGAAUAACAUUGGAAAAGUUGGAAUAAAGUUUAAGGUUCGUUGGAAAGGAUAUAAUAGUAGCCAUGAUACAUGGGAGCCAAUUGACGGCCUAAGCAAUUGCCAAGAGAGAAUUAUGGAGUUUGUGAAGAAGGGAUACAAAAAAAAUAUUUUACCAUUACCUGGCCAAGUGGAUGUGAUUUGUGGCGGUCCUCCUUGUCAAGGAAUAAGUGGAUUUAAUCGUUUUAGAAAUAAGAAUGCUCCAUUGGAUGAUCCAAAGAAUCAACAAAUGCUUGUUUUUAUGGAUAUCGUAGAGUUCUUGAAGCCAAAAUAUGUCCUUAUGGAGAAUGUUGUUGACAUACUCAAAUUUGCCAAUGGCUUUUUGGGAAGAUAUGCAUUGAGUAGGUUGGUUGCUAUGAACUAUCAGGCAAGGCUUGGGAUGAUGGUUGCUGGAUGUUAUGGACUGCCUCAAUUUCGAAUGCGUGCGUUCCUUUGGGGUGCUCGCCCAACUGAGAUUUUGCCUCAGUAUCCAUUACCGACUCAUGAUGUGGUGGAUCGUGGGGGUGCACCUAAUGAGUUUGAGCAAAACAUUGUUGCAUAUGAUGAAGACCAACAUCCACAACUUGAGAAGAAACUACUCUUAGAGGAUGCUAUAUCUGAUCUCCCGGAGAUUGGUAAUUACGAAGACAGGGAUGAAAUGCCUAACGACAGGCCUCCAAUAACAGAGUUUCAGAAGUUUAUUCGCCUUCCAAAGAUUGAUUUAUGUGGAUGUGCACAAGCUUUAGCAUCCGGAUCUAUUGUGGAUAGACCGAUUGCAAAGCACCAGUUUUUUGAUCACAGACCACUGCAAUUAAAUGACGAUGAUUAUCAACGUGUUUGUGCAAUUCCUAAGAAAAAGGGCGCAAACUUCAGAGAUUUGCCAGGAGUUAAAGUCGGUAAGGAUAAUACAGUUGAGUGGGAUCCAGAUGUCGAGAGAGUUUUUUUGCCAUCUGGGAAACCUCUGGUUCCUGAUUAUGCAAUGACUUUCGUCAGAGGGAAAUCCUCAAAGCCUUUUGGACGACUUUGGUGGGAUGAAACGGUUCCCACCGUCGUAACAAGAGCUGAACCUCACAACCAGGUGAUUCUGCAUCCGGAGCAGGAUAGGGUGCUUUCAAUUCGUGAGAAUGCUAGGCUUCAAGGCUUCCCAGAUUAUUAUCAACUUCGAGGGACUGUAAAAGAACGAUACACUCAAGUGGGAAAUGCUGUUGCUGUUCCAGUCGCAAGAGCAUUAGGUUACGCACUGGGUCAAGCGUACCAGGGUCAUAGCAAUGGUGUGCCUCUCCUUACGCUUCCUCGUCACUUUCUGCUGCAAUAGUUGAAGCUGAGAGCGGUUGAUUGGUUUGGGGCACUUAUUCUAAUCCUACCGAGGCUUUUGUUUCACGACGAAAUUUGUUGUCCUGCACAAUUAUUUUGCUAUUUAUGCAACUAUUCUGAUGGAAUAUUGAGCCACACUAAUUGUUGUAUUGUCAGCAUCAGUGUUUGGAUUAUGGUGUAUAUAUAUAGUUUCUCAA